GCUUUCGGGCGUGUAGUUUUUCCUCUCUACAGGUCUUCAGCUGUUCCUUUGGGCCUGUGUCUUGAGUUCACCAGGCAGCUUUCUUGCAGCAGAAUAUUUGGUCUUACCUGUGGUCCUGAGGCUCAAGUUCGCUCGUGGGGUGCUGCCCAGGGGCUCUCUGCAGCGGCAGCAACCAGGAAGACCUGUGCCGCCCCUUCCGGGAACUUCAGUGCACCAGGGUUCCAGAUGGUCUUUGGCUUUUUCCUCUGGCGUCCGAGAUGUGCGUGCAGGCAGCAGUCUCUUCUGGUUUCCCAGGCUUGUCUGCCUCUCUGAAGGUUUAGCUCUCCCUCCCACGGGAUUUGGGUGCAGAGAACUGUUUAUCCGGUCUGUUUCUUUCAGGUUCCGGCGUUGUCUCAGGCAGGUGUCCUGCCGCUCCUGGGAAAACUGAUAUUCUUAGCAUUCAAUGAAAGCAGCCUCCAUAUGGGCUACUCUGACAGCACCUUUUCCCUGUAGUUCUAUUAAUUAGCAAAAGAUAUAGUGAUACUUGAUUUAUAUGCUGCAAGACAUAAUUUCCAGUAAAAAAAAAAAACAUUGGCACAGUAGAUGGAAGGUUGAAAAACCACAUCAUUCUCCAGUACACAGCACUGAAUGAUCCCUUGAUUGAGUCUGAAUAAGAUUAGAUUCCAACAGUGGGAGAAGCACCACAGAAUUUAUCCUUUCAGCAACCUACACCACAGCAUCUCUCAUACCUACUUUGGAGAGAGCCAGCCAGAGAAUAGUGUAGAGGAACCUAAAUGACCCUCUUCACAUAACCCUGAGGGAAACAGAAUUAUCAUAAUGUGGGUGUCUUUUUUUAAAAUGUAUUUCAGCACUGGAGUUUUGUUUGUGUUGUCGAGGACUGAAAGAGGCCCCACACAUGCUGAGCAUACGGUCCACCAUAGAGACAUUUUCUCAGCCCAUUUGUUGAUAGGACAAAAACUUGCUCUGGUCAUGGGCAAUGCCAAGGGGUGUGCAGUGGAGUUUUACAUACUGUAAAGGAAAUGAACUAGGGUUGUUCAUUCUCUGAAGCAUGUUUCGAGGACAGGCUUUAUCCAGAGAGUGAAACUUGAGACACUCUACGGUUUAUAUAUGGAAAUAUAUUUUUAAAAUGUUUUAUGUGUGAUUGCUGCUCUAUCUGCAAGUUUCUUUCAUGCUUCUCUCUGGAGUAAUAAUUCAUGUUGCAUAACUACUAAGGAAGUCUUUCCAGUUGCUCUUGCCAUGGCCGGCAAUGGAAGUUGAUGUUGAACUUCUUUUUGCUGGAAAUGAGCUAGGGGUCAAUGCUAGAUCUGAGGGCCCUUAACAUCUUCUUCAGAUGAUCUCGACUACAGUAACACACUGAUCUCUCAAGAGCUUUGUCACACUUGCAGUUGGAAAUACUUUGUAAAGGUCUUUGGGUCUCCUAUAUUUGACUAUGCUGCAACGACAGUCACCAGAGACUGUGCUUCCGGGUGGUAGUAAUGAAUGUUCCCCUACAGUGAAGGAAGUUCAAGUCGACCUUUGUAGCAGCCCCUUUCACUACUGUAUGAGAUGAGCAUGCUCACCUAGAGUGCUGCAAACAUCCCUAGUCCAGAGGCAAAAAGCAGCAGUGGCAACAUGACGCUGUCCUUUAACCCUUCACUAUGGGACAACAGUUCAGGCUAAGAUGAUAAUUUCUGUGUCUGAUAGUGAUCAGGAUCAUAGGUAAUUUGCACAACAAUUUUUAUAAGUAGUAACUUUUGAUGAAAUUUUCUCUUUGUCUUUAAAAUAUACUAGGAAAUGGGAAGAAAGGUUUUUGCAUAUAUUUAUUAUUUACCAAUAAUUAUUCACUUUAAAGGCUUUUCAUAAAUGGUGCCAAAGGAUAUAGGGUCACAAAUGUUAGCCUUUGUACUUAUUGUCAUGUUUCCUAUAGUUGUUUUGUGACAAAUUUUGCUUCCCUCUUUAGAAGCUGGUAAGAGACUUACAGGAACAUCACCAUGGUAAGAAUGUGUGCAUUUUACAAUAAAUUAAUCUGUAAAAAGUAUAAUGUUCAGAACCUGACAUUCUCUUUGCCUCUGUGUACUCCGAUUUCAGCUUCUUUAUUUCUUCUAUAAUCACAAGCUGAACAAUUAUCUCCCACACAGCAUGAGUUAUGGACAAACAUCCUUAGGAAGGGAGAUGAUUCAGUGGAUAAAGUGCUUGCCAUGAGUCUGUGAGAAUGGAAGUUUGGAUUCUCAGAAUCCACAUGAGGUCUUGAGGAUCUCAUGUGCAUCUGAAUCCUGGGGCACUUAUGGUGAGGCAGGAGGUGGUGAGAGAGAAUCCCCUGAAGUUUACUGGAUAGUUUGCCUGGGUUUCUUAUUCAUGAAGAAGGGAUUGAGCCACAUAACCAAGGUUGGAAGAAUGUUGCAUGCUGUUAUUCUCAAGGCUCCCUGACAAGCCCUCCUUUGUUGUUCCUAGGUGUGUGAAUGUGGAUAAUGUCAGCUCUACCUCCUCUGUGAAGGUAAAAUGCUUCUUUGUGAAAUUAAUUUUCUUAUGAAUUUUGUUAUAAUUCAGCAAUAGUGUAACUAUCCCAGUUUUAUAUGGAAAGAUUGUUCAAGGGAGUCCACAUUGUAGAUGUGGAGAUUUCUACAAACUGCAAGUGAGCAGUAAGUCCUUGUGGGUAGUGGUGGCCAAUAAGAGAAUGGACUCAAAAGACAUAGUGAGUGGAAGACUGAGCGCAGUCCUCGUACAAUAGAAGAUGUCUGAUGUUUGACAAGUAUUGUUUGCAGAAAUGAGUACAUGUUCGACUGAUUUUAAAAUGUGACUGUUACUAGACCAUAAUAUUUCUUUUUAAAAAAAUUUUUAUUAGAUAUAUUUCUUUACUUACUUUUCCAAUGUUUUUCCCCUUCCUGGAUUCCGGUCCAUGAGCCCCCAUCCCUUUUCCCUCACCCUCUCCCAUAUCGGUUUUCCUGGGCCGGAGAGAUGGCUCAGUGGUUAAGAGCACUGACUGAAAGAACCAAAAAAAAACCAAAAAAACAAAAAAAAAAAAAAAAAAGAGCACUGAUUGCUCUUCCAGAGGUCUUGAUGAAUCCAAUUCCCUGCAACCACAUGUUGACUGACGACUAUCUAUAAUGAGAUAUGAUGAUCUCUCCUGGUGUGUCUGAUGAUAGCUACUGUAUACUUAUAUAUAAUAAGUACUUCUUAGUAAGUCCAGACAUUUCUAUAAUCCAUGAAUCUCCUAAGUGACUUUACCCUCAGGAAAAUGCAUGCAAUUUUUAUCUACCUUUGGACACUGCUAUUUUAGGAUCCUGUAUGAGAGCAUCUCCUUGGUUUCUCUAUUUCAUGUGUAUUUACACUAAGGAGAAAUUGUGGCUAUGUAGCAGUUUGUAAUAUGUUCAUCAAGUUUGUCUUCUGAGAAUAGAGCAUUUUCUAUUUGAUUCUAUGAGGGUAUGUUGAAAGCUCUUCAUCUAGAAAAACAACAAGUGUUUUUCCCAAUUAUCCAGCAUUUUUAGAUGCAGGGAGUCAAUUACUGUAUAUUUCCAUUUAAGUUCUUCUUUAUGGAUUUUAAAAUAAUAUAAACUUAUAUUCUUUGUGCCACAUUCAAACAGUUAAAAUAUUGUAGUGCUUUACUUAGAUAUUUUGAUAUCCAGUCUGAGGCUGCUUUAUUACUGUGAGCUGCUCAAGGUUAAGAAACCUGUUGCUAUAUAACCUAUAGCCCUAUAGUGAGGGGCUGUGUGAAUGAAGAGUGGCAAUUUAAUGAUUUUUGAAUGUGACUCAGUGGACCAAUGUGUUUCUAUAAAGCAGUUUCACCGGUUCUAUGGUAUGGACAGUGCUAGCAAUUAAAUUGCCAUUUAUUUGUAAAUGAAAACUGUGCAUUUUGUGAUUCCCCACAAUGGAAGAGUAAGACUGUUAGAAGGGGCCUCAUUAAUAUUAAUAAUCAUCUUAAACUAGAAGCAGAAUAAUUGACUGAUAAUGAAUUAAGCUUAGUCUCAACAAGAACAAGGUCAAGUUUGUCAGUUAAUGAUUUUCUCUUAAUCUAGGCUAGCAUAAAUAUUUUAACUUCUUGAUGGUAUCCUAUUAAGUUGUAAAUAGGCAUAUAAGAAGAUAUUUUAUAUUUAAUAAUUUUGAUUUUCAUGUGUCAAUAUCCUGUAAUUCCUAAAGAACAUUGUUGAUUUGAAAGCAUGCAUCCUAAAAGAAUAGAGUUAAUUUCAAGACCAAAUAAAAAGUAAACUCUCUUCUCUGCAUUGCAGGGAGAAUCGGGAAGAAAAUUCCAUAUAAUACCUAAGAAGAUCCAAAACAUUUUUAGAAAAUCUGGAGUUUAUGUGUGUUCUCGAGGAGAGCCAGUACCUGAUGUAUGGAAAGCAAAAAAAUCCAUAAUGGAUGAAAAAUAUAAAACAGAUAAUUUCUAUGCUGUGUCUUCUGAGCAUAGAAAUUCUAUUCCUAAGGCUACUACUGAUCGUGAAGCUUCCACCUCUACUGCUGACAGCCUGGAUGCUGCCGAGCCUGACCCAACAAAUUCUACAAAUGCUACUGACUGUCUGGCUGCUCUUGAGCGUGAGCUGACUAAUUCCAACAACACUGCUGACUGUCUGGCUGACCUUGAGCCUGAUCCGACGAUUUCUACCAAUGCCGCUGACUUUCAGGCUGCUGUUGCACCAGAGCCAACUAUGUCCACCCACCCUGCUAACUGUCUGCCUGAUGUGGAACCAGAGCCAACUAUGUCCACCCACCCUGCUGACACUCUGGCUGCUCUUGAGCCUGAGCUGACUACUUUCAACAACACUGCUGACUGUCUGGCUGACCUUGAGCCUGAGCCAAACAUGUCCACCCACCCUGCUGACAGUCUGCCUGAUGUGGAACCAGAGCCAACUAUGUCCAAUCACCCUGCUGACACUCUGGCUGCUCUUGAGCCUGAACUGACUAAUUCCAACAACACUGCUGACUGUCUGGCUGACCUUGAGCCUGAUCCGACGAUUUCUACCAAUGCCGCUGACUUUCAGGCUGCUGUUGCACGAGAGCCUGCUAUGUCCACCAACCCUGCUGACAGUAUGGCAGCUGUUGAGCCUGAGCCGACUAUGUCCACCCACCCUGCUGACAUUCUGACUGCUGAUGAGCCUGAACAUAAUAAUUCUACCAAAGCUGCUGACUGUCGGGCUGACCUUGAGCCUGAGCCAAACAGGUCCACCCACCCUGCUGACAGUCUGCCUGAUGUGGAACCAGAGCCAACUAUGUCCACCCACCCUGCUGACACUCUGGCUGCUCUUGAGCCUGAGCUGACCAAUUUCAACAACACUGCUGACUGGCUGGCUGACCUUGAGCCUGAUCCGACUAUUUCUACCAAUGCCGCUGACUUUCAGGCUGCUGUUGCACCAGAGCCCGCUAUGUCCACCCACCCUGCUGACACUCUGGCUGCUCUUGAGCCUGAGCUGACUAAUUUCAACAACACUGCUGACUGUCUGGCUGACUUUGAGCCUGAUCCGACUAUUUCUACCAAUGCCGCUGACUGUCGGGCUGCUGUUGCACCAGAGCCCGCUAUGUCCACCAACCCUGCUGACAGUAUGGCAGCUGUUGAGCCUGAGCCGACUAUGUCCACCCACCCUGCUGACAUUCUGACUGCUGACGAGCCUGCACAUAAUACUUCUACCAAAGCUGCUGACUGUCGGGCUGACCUUGAGCCUGAGCCAAACAUGUCCACCCACCCUGCUGACAGUCUGCCUGAUGUGGAACCAGAGCCAACUAUGUCCACCCACCCUGCUGACACUCUGGCUGCUCUUGAGCCUGAGCUGACCAAUUUCAACAACACUGCUGACUGGCUGGCUGACCUUGAGCCUGAUCCGAGUAUUUCUACCAAUGCCGCUGACUUUCAGGCUGCUGUUGUACCAGAGCCAACUAUGUCCACCUACCCUGCUGACUGUCUGCCAGAUGUGGAACCAGAGCCAACUAUGUCUACCCACCCUGCUGACACUCUGGCUGCUCUUGAGCCUGAGCUGACUAAUUUCAACAACACUGCUGACUGUCUGGCUGACCUUGAGCCUGAUCCGACUAUUUCUACCAAUGCCGCUGACUGUCGGGCUGCUGUUGCACCAGAGCCCGCUAUGUCCACCAACCCUGCUGACAGUAUGGCAGCUGUUGAGCCUGAGCCGACUAUGUCCACCCACCCUGCUGACAUUCUGACUGCUGAUGAGCCUGAACAUAAUAAUUCUACCAAAGCUGCUGACUGUCGGGCUGACCUUGAGCCUGAGCCAAACAGGUCCACCCACCCUGCUGACAGUCUGCCUGAUGUGGAACCAGAGCCAACUAUGUCCACCCACCCUGCUGACACUCUGGCUGCUCUUGAGCCUGAGCUGACCAAUUUCAACAACACUGCUGACUGGCUGGCUGACCUUGAGCCUGAUCCGACUAUUUCUACCAAUGCCGCUGACUUUCAGGCUGCUGUUGCACCAGAGCCCGCUAUGUCCACCCACCCUGCUGACACUCUGGCUGCUCUUGAGCCUGAGCUGACUAAUUUCAACAACACUGCUGACUGUCUGGCUGACUUUGAGCCUGAUCCGACUAUUUCUACCAAUGCCGCUGACUGUCGGGCUGCUGUUGCACCAGAGCCCGCUAUGUCCACCAACCUUGCUGACAGUAUGGCAGCUGUUGAGCCUGAGCCGACUAUGUCCACCCACCCUGCUGACAUUCUGACUGCUGACGAGCCUGCACAUAAUACUUCUACCAAAGCUGCUGACUGUCGGGCUGACCUUGAGCCUGAGCCAAACAUGUCCACCCACCCUGCUGACAGUCUGCCUGAUGUGGAACCAGAGCCAACUAUGUCCACCCACCCUGCUGACACUCUGGCUGCUCUUGAGCCUGAGCUGACCAAUUUCAACAACACUGCUGACUGGCUGGCUGACCUUGAGCCUGAUCCGAGUAUUUCUACCAAUGCCGCUGACUUUCAGGCUGCUGUUGUACCAGAGCCAACUAUGUCCACCUACCCUGCUGACUGUCUGCCAGAUGUGGAACCAGAGCCAACUAUGUCCACCCACCCUGCUGACACUCUGGCUGCUCUUGAGCCUGAGCUGACUAAUUUCAACAACACUGCUGACUGUCUGGCUGACCUUGAGCCUGAUCCGACUAUUUCUACCAAUGCCGCUGACUGUCGGGCUGCUGUUGCACCAGAGCCCGCUAUGUCCACCAACCCUGCUGACAGUAUGGCAGCUGUUGAGCCUGAGCCGACUAUGUCCACCCACCCUGCUGACAUUCUGACUGCUGACGAGCCUGCACAUAAUACUUCUACCAAAGCUGCUGACUGUCGGGCUGACCUUGAGCCUGAGCCAAACAUGUCCACCCACCCUGCUGACAGUCUGCCUGAUGUGGAACCAGAGCCAACUAUGUCCACCCACCCUGCUGACACUCUGGCUGCUCUUGAGCCUGAGCUGACCAAUUUCAACAACACUGCUGACUGGCUGGCUGACCUUGAGCCUGAUCCGAGUAUUUCUACCAAUGCCGCUGACUUUCAGGCUGCUGUUGCACCAGAGCCAACUAUGUCCACCUACCCUGCUGACUGUCUGCCAGAUGUGGAACCAGAGCCAACUAUGUCCACCCACCCUGCUGACACUCUGGCUGCUCUUGAGCCUGAGCUGACUAAUUUCAACAACACUGCUGACUGUCUGGCUGACCUUGAGCCUGAUCCGACUAUUUCUACCAAUGCCGCUGACUGUCGGGCUGCUGUUGCACCAGAGCCCGCUAUGUCCACCAACCCUGCUGACAGUAUGGCAGCUGUUGAGCCUGAGCCGACUAUGUCCACCCACCCUGCUGACAUUCUGACUGCUGACGAGCCUGCACAUAAUACUUCUACCAAAGCUGCUGACUGUCUGGCUGACCUUGAGCCUGAGCCAAACAUGUCCACCCACCCUGCUGACAGUCUGCCUGAUGUGGAACCAGAGCCAACUAUGUCCAAUCACCCUGCUGACACACUGGCUGCUCUUGAGCCUGAGUCGACUAAAUCCUCCAAUGCUGCUGACUGUCUGGCCUAUGUUGAGCCAGAGCCAGCUAUGUCCACCCACCAUGCCGACAGUCUGGCUGCUCUUGAGCAUGAGCUGUCUCAUGCCAAAAAAGAUGCUGACUGUCUGGCUUCUCUCAAGGCUGAGCCAACCAUGUCCACCCAGCCUGCUGACAGUUAA